AUGAUCGAAGAGAUGAUAGAAGAGAUAAUUACAGAAAAGAUGAUUACAGAAGAGAUGACUAUAGAAGAGAUGAACAUAGAAGAUCUUGUUCUCACUCCUAUAAUAAUGAUAAUAGAAGAACUAGCUUCUGCUCUCCCUCAUCUUAUCGUAGAGACAUUAACUACCUUGAUCAUAACAGUACUCCACCUUCAGCCUCCCCAGUUCCUUCUAUUAACAAGCUCGAAUACUCUAUGCAAUAUGCUAUCUU